GGGGCACUUGCAAGAAGAAAUUUGAUUGGCUGCAAUCUGGUGUCGAAGGUAUACAAAUAUGGCGGACGUAAUUGGGUUAGGAGCUAAAAUGUCUUAACACAACUAUACUGUAAAUGCUGCAGCGAAUGACAUCACAACAGGACGCAAUAUUUAAUGUUAUAGAAAAUAAAGAGCAGGAAAGCUCAAGAAAGAAUGGGUCUCCAGGAUUUUAUGACAGUGUUCAGUAAUUUAGAUCCUUCAUGUAAAGGAUUUGUCACCUCACAUCAAGUGUUAGAAUUCUGUCAAUCAAUUUACCACAGCAGUAUAUCAGUUGAGCAAAUUGAACAUGCAAUAACACAGAUAUGUGGUUCUACAUCAUCAGGAAGAGUCAGUAGACAACAGUUUAUAGCUGUUCUUGAAGAAAUUGAACGCAGGCGUUCAGUAGAAGAACAAGCUUAUUGGGACUUCCAAGCUUUAGACUAUAAAGGAACAAACAGAAUUUCGUUAAAAGAUGCCUUGAUGAUGUUUAGAGAGUUUCAUGGAGACAGAUUCUCAUUGUAUACAUGGAAAGAGUUUUUGCAAUCCCGAGAUGAUCCUGGUGAACAAGUUUACUUUGAUGAGAUAAGACUGUGGUUGUGUAAUUACCCUUCAGGUGAACCAGCUUCCAAAGAUCAGAUAACUCAGGAAGAAGAGCAACUAAUCAAAAGGCAAUCUACACAUCAGAGUGAUACAAUCAAUAAGUUAAAGCAGAUUCAGGACGACAAAGAAGAAAUACAAGAGUACUUGGAUAAUGCUCAGUACAAUGCACAGAGAAGAAGAAAUAAAUGGGACAGACAAGGACUUGAAGCGAUGUUAUUUGAUGAUGGUUUGGAAGCAGACGACGACACAACAUCUACUAAGUCGAAAGAUACAAUUACCAUGAGUGAUGUAAAUGAUGCAAUGACACAGAAAUAUGAUAAACUCAAGCCUAAACUGCUGUGGGAAAUGGCUAAAAUGUCUGCAGCAAUGGAAAGUGACAGACAUGAGAUUUUCCAGCAGCUAAGUCGUGAAGAGAAACAGUACAGUAGAGAAGGUAGUUUACAGGAUAGAAUAGGUGGAUUAUCUGGUUCUCGUCUGGACCUUAUAGCCACACUGACAGGUUUAAUGGGUGAAGUCAAAUCAUAUGACUUAAAGAGAAAAGAACAGGCAGAGAAAAAACGCGAAACACUCCGACAACAAGGCAUGAAAGAACAGGACAUUGAUAAAGCCAUACAGACAGAGUACCAGGGAGUUAUAAGUGGAGAUACAACAUGUGGAGCUACCUUAAUUAACUUGAUAGAAAGAUUUAAGCUUGAGAAGGAAGAAACAAUGAUGGCAGUUAAAUCUAGAGCCAGUAUGUCUUCUGUUGCUUUAGAGAAUGAAUAUUAUAGGUUACUACGACAACACUUGUUACUGACAGAUGAAUGGGGUUUCCCAGCCUUGGCCAUGGCAGUAGGAUUAGCAGAGAGGCCACAACAAUACAGAUCACCCAAAGGGAACGAUUGGGACAGGAAUAGAAGUGAACAACUCUCACAGAUUCAGUUGGAGGACAGGAAGGGGAGAAAACUCCAGCACACACCUGCUGAUUUAGUCGACACCAACAAAUUAGAUGAUUUGGGUUUGACAGAUUUAAAGCAGCAUCUUAUCAAGGAAAUUGUACAGAAACAUUUCUAUGAAAGAGAGGCAAUGAUAAACAUGUUACAAGGUAGAGAGAGUGAACAACAAAAGAAGAAAGCUCAUCAGAUGAGCAGUCAGGAGAGAAAGAAGAGACUAAAAGUUCUGAGAAAUCAGCAGAUCAGUUGGUCUCAGUCCAACUCAGAUGACACUCAACAUUUACACCAAAUCCUUACUGAAGCUGUAGCACUAUACUGUGAAGUAAGGAGAGAAGAACUUCUUCCAACUGCUAGCAUUGUAACAGAUAAUGUGGUAGCAGAAUGUGUUCUUGCUGACCUAAUACAAAGACAGGAAGUAGAAUAUGAAGCAAGUUUGGAACAAUUUGUUUCAAAACAGGUUAAAUCUGAUGUGGUAUUUUUGAUAAAGAAAGAAAACAAGAUGCGUAUUAAAGAACACUUUGAUAAUAUAUCUUUUGUUGCCCUUGGAACCAUCGAGAUCUCAGCAGAGGACAAAGAUUAUGUAGAUGCUUUAGAUGUUAAGUAUGAUACCCUACGUAAAAACAUUCUCAGGAUGGGAUUAGAAUAUAAGAUGGGCACUGAAUGGAAACAACUUAAUGAAAAGGAAAGAAAGAAGCAUAUAAAAGAAAAGGAAAAGGAAGAAAGAAAACUAAGAGGGUUGGGACAGUUGCAGGAUAUGGAAAGUCUCAUUGGACCAAAAUCAAAGUCAUUACCUUCACUUAGGCAGCUUAUUGGUGAAGAAAAGACCGAAUAUGAGAAAAGAUUACAGGAACAGAGAAAAACUGGACAAAAUCAAGCAGAUGAACCCCCUGCAGAGAAGUUCCCUCAUAUGAAUGUUUUGGCUGAUCUGGUACCAAGAUAUGACAAUGAACAGGAAGCCUUGUUAAUAUGGUUAAAAUCCACCAGUACCAAACAAUUACCAGUAAAAACACAGAGACUCAAAAUUGUACUGCUGAAACUAGAAACAUUUUGUGCACAAUUGGAAGAAGAUUUUGAAGUUUCAGCUCUCAGUGUUGGGUUAAUUGAAAGAUUAAUAGCAGCUCUUCAAAACAGGCAUCCAAAAGAUCAGAGUCGACAGUAUGAUUUAGCUAUGAGGAGAACUCGACUUAGAUUUGCUAAUUUACAACAGAAAGAACCAACCAAAAAGAAGGAAAAGUCAUUAACACCAGAAAAAGGAGAUUUAACUGGAUGGCAAACAGCUUAUCUGUAUGAAGUGAUGAAGAGACAUCUAGAUGAGAGAGAACAGUUACUGAAGUACUUACAAGACGAGUCAAUCACAGAGCUAAUGGAGGCUGCCUCAGAGAUGUCUGCUGACGAGAGGAAGACAAGACUAGCAGAACUUCAGACAAAAAGGAGGAAAUUAGAUUUAGCCAACUCAGGUGACAAAGAGGAUUAUAUAAGUAUCCUAGAAGAGGCAGUAGCAAUUAGUGCUAUUGGCAGGAAAUCAGGUAGAACAUCAAUGGAGGAAGUCACUGUGACAACACUGAGAGAUUUACAGGACAGACAGGAUAGAGAACUUGCAAAAUUGUUACAGAAUAUAGAAAAUGUAACUGAAGAACAGUUAGAAACUAAACUGGAGGAAGAAAAGGAUGCCAGACAACAGGGAACAGUUCACAAUGUGUUUGACAUACUUACACAGACAGAUGAUACUGUCAAAGAAGAUGAACUUAUCAUGGCAUUGGAGAAGAAAUACUCCAGAUUACAGGAUAGUUUGUUAUCUGAGUGUCUAUGUCAGUCAUGUGGCAAGGAAUCAUGGGAUAAAAUGACUGAGAAAGAUAAACUUGUAAAACAAGCUCAUCUAAAAGGGCAAGUCAAAGACAUGAUACAGAAAGGUGACCAUGUUGGAUUGAAGGGUUUAGUGGAUGUAAUUACAUUAGAAAAGUCAGUAAGAUCAUUAAUGGGAAUUCACAGACACCAGUUUCUACAAAAAGCACUGGGUGAUGACCUAAUUAAUGAAGAAGAAAUAACAGACAAGAUGAAUCCCAUUUUAGAAAUUCACCACAGAAAUCAAGGGGAAGUUGAUCUUCUUUUACAAAUGAUUAAAGGGUCAGGUAGCAUGUUUAUGGAUGAAGCAGAACAACAAAUACAUCUCAUUAGGUUAAAGAGAGAAGUUUUUAUAGGCAGCCAUUUUGACUUUAGGUUUGCCACUGUUGCUAUGGUGAUGGGUUUAGCAGAAAGACAGCAGGCUACAGGAAAACCAAAGCUUGUUGAUGAUAGACAGCGAAUUGAAAUGGUUUCCAUUGCUACAAUGCAAAACUUCAAGCAAGGUCGUUUCUUGAAGAAGAAAGAUGUUAGAGAUGAAGUAAUGAGGGGUCCAGGAAAACAUCUCAUGAUGGAAUCUGUUAUAGUUCUAUUAGAUAGAAGCCAUCAAGAUGAACAACAAUAUUUACUGUUGCUUUUGACAUCACCACAGAAACCUGAUGUUGUCAUGGAGAUACAGUCUUGGUCACAACAACAGAGAAAGGAUCAGUUAUGGAAGCUACAUUCCCAAAGACAGGAAAUAUUGGCAGUGCCAAACAGUCGAGAGUUUAACACAAUAUACAGCGAAGGUGUGAUAAUUAAGAAGGAGAUCUACCGCCAUCGUCUUAACAAUGAACAGAAAGAAGAAGUUGAUGAUGAGAUUUUACAUAAAAUGUUAUUGGCUGAUCUUUUAUCUCAACAAAACUGUGAUGCUGAAAAAGUUAUUCAAUCAUUUAUAGAGGAAGGACAAGACUUUAUCAAGCUCCAGACAAAAAUAAUAGAAGAAAAGAGAAAUGAAGUGAGAGAAAACAUUGCUAUAGUCCUUCUGACAUCAGAGACAUGUGAUUCUUCUAGUAAUGAAGAAACAGAAAUAUUGGAAGCUUUAGAUGGAAAAUAUGAUGCACUCAGGGACAAACUACUGGCUGAGGUUCUAAUGAAACAGCUUGGAGAAACAGAAUGGAAUAGGUUAAGUGAACUUGAAAGACAGAAAAAACUAGCAGAAUUAAAGCUUAAGGAAAGACAACUUAGAAGGGAUGGAAAAUAUGAUGAAGUUGCAAAUAUCAUUGGUGCUGCAUUGGAAGAUCAAGAAACUUUAGACAGAUUGUUUGGAGAUAGUAAGGAAGAACAGGAAAGAAAGAUGAAAGAAAGACUACAUAGGAGAAAGCAAAGAUUAGCUUCAGGUAUGUCUGAAAAGGAAUGUGAUGAACUUGAAGCUGAAGAAAUUAAACAAGAAGAGGAGGAAGAAAAGAAAAAAAGAAGAAAUAUAUUGUUAGAUUUGGAUAAAAGAUGUGAACAGGAGAAAGAGGAACUCAUGAGAAGACUUAGAGAACAAAAAGAUAGAGUAUCUCUAGAAAGACAGAGACAGUUAGAACUAAUGAAAUUAAAGCAUGAUGAGAAGAAAGCAAGGAGAGAGGAGAAAUUUAAUUCUGCUGCUCUAGUCAUAGGAAGGGCAAAAGAUGAACAGAAAAGAUUGGAACAAAAUCAGGAUGAUGAAAGGCAAAGACAAGAAAGGUUAGCAAAAGAAAGAUUAGAGGCUGCUAGGAAACGUAGAGGAAAGAAAUUGCCCCCUGAACUAGAAACAGUGACUGAUAUGGAGGAUAAGUCUUCACUACAGGAUUCAGUUGGAGAACUGAUUGACAGACGACAUAGACAAGAAAGAGAUCUCUUAAUACAGUUACUGGAUGAUGCUACAACAGAUCCUAACAGACAAUCAGUAGCUGCCAUGACUGAAGGGGAGAGACAAGAAAAUCUGGAGAGAAUCAGGCUAAUGAGAUCAAACUGGAGGUCAAAAGACGAAAGAAAUAAACAAGAUCAAGCAGACUUACUAAAAGAAGCUGCUGUGUAUCUUUUAGAGAGUAAACUUCAUCAAAUGAGGACAGACGGCCUUGAUGUCUCAGAUGACAAGGUCAAGGUUCAAAUUGUUGUAGACUUUGAGGAAAAGCAAAAUGAACAGAAGAUGGUCCAAGGCAAGGAGGCUACUGAUGAAAAUGUUAAGGUGGACGUUCUUUCAGAUUUGCAAGAGAUACAAGAUGGGGAAUCAAAGUUCUUACUGACAGAUCUAUAUGAUAAGGAUCUAAGAACACUUCAGCAGAUGGUUAAACUACAUAGGAAGACAUUAGAUAAUGGUCACCAUGAUAAUGUAUCAUCUGUUGUCCUUGGUGAUGAUGAUGUCACUAUUACAUCAGACGACAGUGAUGUCACAGAAGAACAGAUCAAGAAAGCAGUAGAACAGAAAUAUGACAUUUUGAAAGGAAAACUUUUAGAAGCUACAUUAAUCAUGCAAGUUGGUGAAAAUGAAUGGUCCAAACUGACUGAGAAAGAAAGAGAGAAGAGAUUGAUAGAAUUGAAAAUGAAAGAGAAGAAAUUAAGACAGGAAGGAAAGAAUGAUGAAGCAACAACUCUAUUUGAAAACCUUGUAGAAAGUGAUGAAUUUGCUUUGGAAAAUUUAUUUGGUGAGGAGGAAAUAGAUGAAGAACAGAAAGCCAGGGAAAGAGAAGAGAGAAAGAAAGAAUUACAAAAAGAGAGAGAAGAACAAGGGCUUCCUACAGAUGAUGCUGAAAUUGACAAACUAUUGGAUGAGGAAGAAUCUGAAGCAAAGAGACAGAAGAGAAGGAAUGUCCUUGACGGUUUACAAAUGAUGUUAGAAGAUGAGAAAGCAGCCUUACUGAGACAACUGAAAGAACAGGUCAGUGGCAUUGAUCAAGAGCGACAAAGACAACUAGCCCUGGUUAAACUGAAGAUGGACAAGAAAAAGAUGGAAAGAGAAGAGAAAUAUGAUUCUGUAGCUCUUGUACUAAAACUUGCAAAGGAAGCUGAUGAAAAAAGAACUCAAAAUAUCACAGCUGACAGAGAAAGACAGAAAGCUCUGGCUAAAGAAAGAUUGGAAGCAUUACGUCGUAAGAAACAACAGAAAAAUAAACAAGAUAACUUAGAACAGAGACUCAAAGAAGAAAAUGAAAAUAACAAGUUGUUAGAUGCUGAAAUGUCAUCUGAUGUGACCAGAAUUCAAGCUGCCAUAUUAGAUACCAUAGACAAAACACAUACAGAAGAAAGAGAGCUAAUGAUGGAAUUAGUUAAUAUGGCAUUGCAAAAUAAGUCUCUUGGUAAAACUGCCAAUGGUAUGCAACAAGAGGAAUUAAAAGCAGAAUUAUCCAAAUUAGAACAGGACCAUUCUAAAUGGAAGAAGAAAUCCCAACAGAUCGCUAUGUCUAUGGAUGACAGUACUAUUACACCAAAGGAAGAAAAUAAACACCUCAAAGAUGUAGCUAACAACCGAAAAGAACAAACCAAACUUCUGUCUGAAGCAUUGGUCUACAGAAUGGAAUUGGAAGAAAGAUCACUUAAGACCUUGAAACCAGAAUUAUCUUCAGAUCAAAUUAAAGAAGAAUUAAGUGUUAUCUUGCUAGCAGACUUACAGGAUCAACAAGAGAGAGACAGCACAGCAGUACAAAACAUUAUACAAAAACAACAGAGCGCUGAAGAUCUGAAUAAUUUGAAGAAAAUGCAGCGAUUAUCUGAACGUGAGGGAUGGUUUAACAACCUGAGUAAGACAUUGUUCCAGUUAUCAAGCCAGGAGGACGAUGAUGACUCAGAUGAGAGUACACAGGAUGCUAUAGAGAAAAGGAGGGAAAUUCUGGAGAAAGAAAUCGCUGAAGAAAGAAAAGCUAAACUUCAGGAAGCCAUGAGCGCCAAGAUGGCAGGUGAAGAAAUAGAUAUCCAGGCAGAGCUUAAACAAUUGGAAAAAGAACAGCAAGCCAAAAGAAAAGCCCUUGAUGAAGAGCUAGCCAAACAAAAACAAGCAUUGAAAGACAAAAUAAACAAAAAGAAGAGAAAAGGACAAGAAAAGGAAGAAGAGGAAAUUGAAGCUUAUCAUAUCUUGAUGCUGCAGCAGAGUCAAGCUGAAAAAUCAAAACAAGCUGUUGAUGGAGAGAAAAGUAGACAAAGCAGCAAACUUCAGGAUAAGAUCAGGCUCCGUAAGGAAGAGAGAAUUCGUCUCAAACAAGAAGCUGGUAUGCAUGUAUCUGAAGAAGAGAGCAACUCUCGCCCAAGCACAGUUGAUUCAAAGAAAACCCCUCCACUAUUUGCACUUCACAGAGAGAAAACGGUGGUUAAUGUGGACAUUACAGAAGAUCAGAAACAAGCUGUAUUUAAUAAACUUGUACGUGAACAGACAAGUCUUCAUGAUAAGAUCAAACAACAACAGGAGCAACAGCAAGAAAUGUUGAGAAGAAGAUUAGACAAAUCCAGAGGAAAAAAGGAAAUGCAAGCAAAAGAAAUUAUGGAUAUGUCUGAAAGACAGAAGAAAGAAUAUCACAAAACAAAAACUGAAGAACGUGACAGACAGUUGCAGCAAAUGCAACAGAAGAUUGCCAAGUCCAAACAUAGAGCAAGAUCCAGAAGUCCAAACAACAUGGGAGCUAGUCCUAUCCCAGAAGAUCAGGAAUGACAGUUCUACAGAUCAAAACCAACAUAAGAACUUUUCUGCUGGCGGUGAUACAAGUUUUCCUUGUUAUUGUUAACAGAUGACUUUUAUUACUUUUAUUCGUUUUUGCUAAUACAUUUAUACUAAUGGUUAGAAAUUGAUUUGUUUUGCUAAUACAUGUACAUUUAUAUACUUAUGUUGAUUUCUAUACAUUUUUAUCAAUUAAAAUUAUUG